GACAGCAGAAUAAGAAGCCACCCAGUGGCAAAGAGAGAGGCGUAAACAGCGGAAGUCCGACUCAUUAAAUCAAAUGUUGGACUGUUUCAAUUGGUUUUGCACCGUUAGUGGGAAUGCCCUCCGGAAAAUAGCUCCUCGAUAAUUAAAGCAUCUUUCGGACCAAAUUGAACAGGUUAGUUAACUAGGCAACAAAAACAGGGAACGGUUUUCAUGCGAGAUUUGAGCAGGAGACCAAACAUGUGUACUUGCUGUCUUUUCAUUCGACACCGACGCAUUAGAGCUGGAGCUAGGAUUAUGAUAGCCAGGACAAGUCUGAGCAGAGGCAUCACUGCCCACCGCCUCUGUAAGAACGUCACCUUGUACCUGAAUGAAUUAGCCUCUCCAGGCGCAAGAGUUCAGAGUCAGACCCCUGAGGACCAUAAACCCCUCAUGCUGAUGCUGCCGUGGCUCGGAUCACGACCUCAAGCUGUGACCAAAUACUGCGAAAUCUAUUUUCGGACUGGUUUUGAUGUGCUUGUGGUGGAAAGCGAGGUGAAAGACUUCCUGUGGCCUCGCUGGGGACUGGACCGUGGAAAAACAUUGCUGGAGUUGCUCCAGAGUGAACGCUUUAUGUCCCGCCCCCUCCUCAUUCAUGCCUUCUCCAUUGGCGGCUACACGUUUGCUCAGCUGCUGGUCCGUAUCUCCCAAGACAAACAGCAAUACCAGGCAGUGACAAACAGGAUCAAAGGCCAAGUCUAUGACAGCUUGGUGGUGGGCUCACUCGAGCACAUGGCCACAGGUCUUGCCAAAACUUUGUAUCCUCGUUGGGAGAGGCUAAUAAAACAAGCCAGCAUGCUAUACUUCUGCAUUUUUAAACGCCAGACGGUGGACUACUUCAAUACAGGCAUCGAUGCAUUUUAUAACACUCCAGUCAAAGCCCCGGCAUUGAUAUUCUUCUGUGAAAAUGACCUGCUGAGUCAUGCACCAAGUGUGGAGAAAUUAGUGGAUUACUGGCAGAAUCGUGGGAUGGACGUAACGACAAAGAAGUGGGAAGUUUCAACACAUGCUGGUCAUUUACGGCGACAUCCGCAGGAAUAUCUGAGCACUUUAAACGCAUUCCUACACUCACUCCACAUCGUUCCGCUGAAGGCCAAGAUGUGAGGCUGUUCUUGGCUAAAUUCAAAAUACCUCAGUUGUACUUCCUGUGCUUAGUUACUUUAGCAGCUAUGGAUUUUUAAAUAAAUUUGAUUUAAAUCACAGCUCAAAUGUCUUUAAAAAUUGGGUUCAGUUGUUCUGAUUAAAAAAAAACAAACUGUGAGUUCAUCACUCAGAACACAACCACUGUGGCUAUCAUAAGUAAUACUGUGAAACAGCAGCGAAGAACACAGCAAGACUUCAUGUUUUUUUUUUAUUCUUGUUUUUUUUAAGUUAGAUUGCCAGAGCAUCUUUGUUGAACAGAAAGCUACCAUUGUCACUCUUUUCAAUUCAAUAUUUCUUUUAAAGCUGACAGACGAGAUUCAAGCACAUUUCCCUUUCUCAAGAUAUCAGGUUGGAAGUCGGCUUUUGCUGAGUAGAAACGGUGAAUCUGCAGCUAUUCUUCAUCUUUUGGACAUUUAUCUUAGCUACACAUUCUCUGCAUUCAUUCCGGAAACUGACGCAAAAAUCAUGUUCGGUGUGACAGCCUUGAAGUACAUUUCAGACUUGAUUUCCUCAUUACUUUCCACUUGGACAACUCUUGCUUAUUUGUGGUUAAAAACAUGUUGUUUAUUGCAAUGUACGUGUGUUUCAAUAUAUUUUAUAAUCAUGACAUCAUAUAUUCCUAUGAGAAUUAUACUUUACUGAGCUGUAGUGCCUUUCAAGCUUGAGCGAUGUUUUUGGUCCUAGUAUGUAAAGAACACAACUUCUUUGAACUUGAA